AUGAUAAAUAAUAAUGAUAAUAAUAAUGAUAAUAACAAUGAUAAUAAUGAUAAUGAUAAUAAUAAUGAUAAUAAUGAUAAUAAUGAUAAUAAUGAUAAUAAUGAUAAUAAUAAUAAUAAUGAUAAUGAUAAUAAUAAUGAUAAUAAUGAUGAUAAUGAUAAUGAUAAUGAUGAUAAUAAUAAUAUUAAUAAUAAUGAUAAUGAUAAUAAUGAUGAUAAUAAUGAUAAUGAUGAUGAUGAUGAUGAUGAUGAUGAUGAUGAUAAUGAUGAUAAUGAUUAUGAUAAUGAUGAUAAUGAUGAUAAUGAUGAUAAUGAAGAUAAUGUUAAUAAUGAUAAUAAUGAUGAUGAUAAUGAUAAUGAUGAUAUGAUAAAGAUGAUAAUGAUGAUGAUAAUGAUAACGUUGCAAUUUUCAGUCGCAUUACAAAAUAGGUAAUGAUAUUCAUACUUAUCAACGACGAUUAGCGUUAAAAGCCUACAACAAAAUUGUACUAAAGCAAAAAACAUCACUUAAAAUUGAACAAAAUAUAUGGAAAUGAUAAUGAUAAUAAUGAUAAUAAUGCUUAUGAUAAUGAUGAUAAUGAUGAUAAUGAAGAUAAUGUUAAUAAUGAUAAUAAUGAUGAUGAUAAUGAUAAUGAUGAUAAUAAUAAUAAUGAUAAUAAUAAUAAUGAUAAUGAUAAUGAUAAUAAUAAUAAUAAUAAUAGUGAAAUCUGUCAAUAUCUUUCGACACAAAACCUAGAGUGGUUACUUCAAGUGUAAUAACUUCAAACGCAUAACACGUCGUGAUCAGCUCAGAUCUUAGAUGUAUGUAUCUUUCUUUCUUGCGACGUUUAGCCUUUGUACAAUAAUUGGUUUCGUAGGGAACAGUUAAUUCAACCACAUAUACAGAACCCUUAAAAUCCACCACUAUAUCAGGUCUUAGCGUUCGAAAUAAAGUUGAAGUACACGUCGUACCUGAAUUAGGACAGUCCGCAAACAGUCGAAAAUCUGCACCAACUGCGAUUAUUAAGUGAUGAAUAAUAGUCAUCAGAAUCGAGUCAUGCCGUCAAGUAUAGCGUUGUUGUUCUAGGGCUACCUUGCAGUUGGAAAAAACGUGUAGCUGGGUUUGUAACAUGUUGCACAACUCACAAUUGGCGGAGUCACGAAUGUUCCAGCGCUUUAGAUUAGAAUUAUUUCCUAAACUUAAAAUUAACGCUCUCCUAGCUAAGCAUGCUAUAUUGCUGGGCAUUCGAGUGACAAUUUCGUGCCAUACUUUAAUCAUCUUCUUAUAGCAAGUAUCAGUUAAGCAGGUAAUGAUCACGGAUUGUUCUUUUAGUUCUACAAAGUUUGACCAAAUUUCGUUAAGGUUUUUCAUUACGAGAAUUUUUUUUGCAGCGUUUCUUAACAUAUAUUGUUCAGAGAUACCAGCAGCCGCCCGUUCAAUAAUAUCAUCAGUGACGAUGUUUUUUGAUGACGUUUUGGUAUAUAGCUGUUAAAUAUCGGAGUUGACAGAAGUCCUCAAGAUUCUGCGCACUGUCAGUUUACAUUGAUUAUAUAUGUCAGAGGGGAAACAGAAAUCAAUUCCCAGUUGUAAUUUAGGAAGCUUUAGAUGGCUAAUGUUACCGCUGAUUGGGAUCUGAUAAUGAUAAUGAUGAUGAUAAUGAUGAUGACAAUGAUGAUAACGAUGAUAAUGAUGAUAACGAUGAUAACGAUGAUAAUGAUGAUAAUGAUGAUAAUGAUGAUAACGAUAAUGAUGAUAAUGAUAAUGAUAAUGAUGAUAAUGAUAAUGAUGAUAAUAAUAAUGAUAAUAAUAAUGAUAAUAAUAAUAAUAAUGAUGAUGAUAAUGAUGAUGAUGAUGAUAAUGAUGAUGAUAAUGAUGAUGAUAAUGAUGAUGAUAAUGAUGAUGAUAAUGAUAUGAUGAUGAUAAUGAUGAUGAUAAUGAUGAUGAUAAUGAUGAUGAUAAUGAUGAUGAUGAUGAUAAUGAUGGCAAUGGCAAUGGGCAAUGGGCAAUGGGCAAUGGGCAAUGGGCAAUGGACAAAAGAUGUGCAAGUUUUCUGUCAUGCAUGUUUUUAUCAAUCUUUGCUUCAAAAGUUCCUUCAUUCCUGGCAAUCAGCCAUAUUUCUGAGAUUAUCACCAAUGCAUAGCCAUGCGCCCACGAUCAUUGAUGAACUUUAGGCUUAGUACCCUCGCCACGGGCUUCGCCCUACGCGCUACGCGCGUGUCUCGGGCAUUAGAGAAAUGUAGUAACUGCUGUGUUUAAUUUAAAGAACUUUCUCAAUACGUUUUUGUUAGCGAAAGUCGAAAUUCCAAGGUAAAUUUUGCAAUGCUUUUUGCUAUUAAAAGCAGUCAAGAAUAGUCGUGUUUCUGACAUAGAGCUGCAAAUUUUAUUUCCAGAUGGGCAUGAGGAAUUUGACACCAUCUAAAUCGAAAUACAAUUACAGCUACAAGUUUAUAGUUUUUUCCUGAAAAUUUCUGUUUUUGUUGGAUAAUUAAAAAGAGACAUAUGAAAUGAAGGUCCCGUUUGCACUAUACCGGAUUACAUCGGAGCGGAGCGAUUUUCACACCGGAUUCGACUGUUGUUUACACUACGCCACGGUAAUCCGGUGUGCGACAAGGAGCAAAAAUCACUCCGAUUUGGAGGUAAUAUGAAAAAUAAUCCGGUAUGUGCCGGAGCAGUGUAAACAGGCUGAUCAAUUAUUGGCGCUAAAUUUGUAAUAUAUUAUUGGAAGACGAAAUAAAAUGGUAGCCUUCAAACAAUUGAUUAUACUUUCUCUUGCGGCAGCAAGCGUCCUUCAAAUAAUGGCUAGUCUUUUUUUGUCUGUCGAACUAGCUGCUAUUUGUAAAGGCGACGAUUCUGGUAAACAUUCGUAACUUUGUGCAAAACGAAAGGAAAAAAGAUAACGUAAACAACGAAGAUUUUGGGUAAGACCAGGACGGAGUGAUGCUUGGUGGAAAAGUUUCAUUAGCGACGUUACACUGCCAGAAAAAUGGAGCUUUGGCUUUCCCCAGUGCUUAGGUGCUGUGGAUCGUAUACACACAUUCCGAUCCAGCAUCAUAUAUAAACCGAAAAGGGUAUCACAGCUUAAAUGUACAGGCUUGUGUGGACUAUAGAUAUUUCUUUUUUGUCGUGGUAAUAAAGUGGCCUGGAAGCCUACAUGAUGCACAUGUGUUUGGAGACUCCGCAAUAUAUUUGAAGUUUGUGCAAGCAAGUUAUUGUUGGGGGCGAGCAAGAAGUACCUGUUUGUCUGUUAGGUGAUCCAGCCUACCCUCUUUUACCAUACUUAAUGAAGGAAUUUUUUGGAAGGUGGUGGCACUGCUCAGGACGAAUUCGUUGGAUACUUGGAUAUCGAUAUUCAUUAGCACGAAUGGUUGUUGAAUGCGCCUUUGGGCGACUGAAAGCAAGGUUUGGUAUUCUACAACGUCCUAUGAACCUCAGCAUGGACAGCUUACCAAAAACAAAUUAUGUUUUAUUUUGCACAAGGUUUCUGAGAUGCACAAUGAAACAAUUCCUGAUGAACUUGCCGAAGCAGUGCAGCUAUAUGACAGAGAGUUUCAACCUUCCAGAGCAGAAGCACCUGCUCAGAUGCUUAUAACAAUGAACAAGGUGGCAAAGCAAUUUUUAGUAACUAUAUCAAAUAUUUUGUGUAAAAUAUUUAGACAUUUUCUCAAUAAUUACAGAAUAAAUUUUAUGAAACCUGAAAAGUAAACAAGAAAAAUCAUUAAGAACGUUCAUCGUUUAAAUGUUCAUAGUUUAUGAUAUAACUACAUUUAACAGAACAGUUUCUUUAAAACAAAAUGAAAUGUUAUGUAAAAUUUUGGUUCCAUGGUCUUGGGUUCUAUAUUAAAACGUUGUUUUAAUCUGACUCUGUAUCUGGUGUAGUGUUUGACAUUUGAAGUUUAAGGAAGCAAGCAACUAAAAAUGGAAACAUCAUGUAAGUGAUUGAGAACCAUCACGGGAGUUGUAUUCUGUGUGGGCUAUACAUUCGGGCUAUGUACUGUAGUUGUGUGUUUAAAAAGUAAAAAGAAAAGCAAUAAAAUAAGGCAAUCGAGCGGUAAACGAAGUGGAAUAUUGGUCAAACUCGCCGACACACACACACAUGCGUAUCUCUGAACACCAAGGGUGGGUUGACUACAAACUUUUUGUAGUUCGCUAUAACUACAGCUACUUCAAAAAUAUGUAGUCAGCUGCAACUACUGCUACUUUUGAACAAUAGUAGUUCGCUACUGACUACAGCUACUGCUUAAAAAAUGUAGCGAAUUAUUUCGCUAUUUCGCUAAGCAAUAUUUUUUAAUUUUACUGUAUUUGGGGCAUCUACUAGCUCAGGCUGUAAUGUAAUCUAUAUAACAAAUCGACUUACGAAUAAGAUGGCAUGCACAACUACUUGGCUACUUUUAGGCAAAAUGUAGUUCGCUAUAACUACAGCUACUGUUUUAAAAAACUACUGGCUACUUGAAAAUUGUAGUUCGCUACAGUAGCGAACUACAACUACUUCGCUACUACCCACCCUUGCUGAACACAUGGGCGUUUCAACUUUGACUGGAAAGAAACGUUCUGUUUCAACCAUGUCAGGCAUACUCUCUCAUAUAAACAUCAAAUUUCACCCUCUGAUUUUAAAAUCCUUUCCACCGCUACCUCUGAAGCAAGAUUUACUUAUUCGUUAACGCCUUUUCAUAUCCUUCAAAACUCAUUAAUAAUUCAUGACGAAAGUGUGUUGUAUCUAAUUUAUAUGUGAUAGAGAUUUCCCUUGAUUUACAUAAAUUUAACUUUGAUUUUCUCGACUUCCACAACGUAUUUUUAAAAAUUACUUCGCCAAUGAACUUAUCACGCUGGUAAUAUUCAGCAAAUUUUCUCAUAGUACCGCAGGCUCACAUUCUCAGCGGACUUUGAAAAAAUUAUGAAAAAUUGAAACUUUUGCAUUUUGCACAGAACUGUCCACUUUUUGUAAGAUGUCCGCUGACAAUACGAGCCCGCACGAGUGGGAGAAAUGUUUGCUAAAUUUGACCAACGUGUUAGAUUGAUCGUUCUUUAUAUCUGAUAAAGCACUGCUAGCUGCUCAUGUUUUGAAUAGUACAUAGGCUUAAUCUUAUUUUAAAUGCCAACAUUAGGUCUGGUCUCUAGCUACUAACCGUUAUUAUAUCUUUAAUUUACUAUUAUUUUUAAUGAUAGGUUGUUUUUCAUCCUUUCCUCUUAUUCGCUUAUUUGAAUAUUGUAACCGUUUGAAACUAUUUGUAUAUUUAUAAUACACGCUUGUAAAUAAUUUUAAUUGUUCUGAAGAUGUUGUGAACAAUACAAUGAAACGAUAGGCAAUACAUUUUAUAUUUUUGUUAUGUCUUGUCUGAAAGUCAUUUGCUGGGCUUUAUUUUUCAAUUUUCAAUUAGUUUGAACAUGUCAAAAUGUUGAACACCAGAAGUGUAUCGAGCCACCUUAAGACCAAAUUUCUGUUUUUAGAUAAUUGCCAAGUACCCUAUUUAUUCUUCUCCACAUCAUCCGGGACAUUCUCCUAUAAUACAGAAGAGUCUACAAGUAGCCCAACCAUUUUCAAUAACAGUGUAAAUACGUUAUUUUCCUUUGAUAGUAUAAACAAACGGUUGUAUCGGAGAUACGGCAAUUGAUGAAAUUACAAGUUACAACUUGAAUGGUUCAUAUUUGACCACAAUAAACAUUCAGAAUGUGGAAUUUUUUCUGUGGAUGGUCGGAAUAAUUUGAUAUAUUAUCAUCACUCCCUUCCAGAGAGAAUAUUUGUGUACAAUAUCACAAGUGGUCAAAGUACUUUAGUUCCAGGUCUGUCAGAUGUUACUGGCGUGAAAGAUAUGGAAAUGGAUAUGACAAAUGGGUAAAUAGCAUUAAUUGUUCAAUUCUUACAUUUUUGCAAUUAUACUCUAUUUUAAUUCACCAUGGAGUAUUUGCAUCAUACCUUGUGGUAACGCUCACUGGUAAUUUUCUUUUCUUUUAAUAUUAUCGUUAUGCACGGUUCUAGGCCACGUACAGAUAAAAAAUGAUUAAUAUAGUAUUAAGGAAACAAUUACCGACAGACUAAAGUUUGGUACUGAAUUAGAUUAAUAAGGAGUGAUGGUUAUUUGCGCGAACUGACUCUUUUCUUUUUUUAUAGUUAUCUCCACAUUGCAAAAGCUAGUGAUCCAACCAUCAUACGUUACAAUCCCUCUGAUCAAUCUAUUACCCCUUUCAAUUCCGCAACUGGUUCAGCGCAAUCACUUUCUGUUGAUGAAUAUGAUAAUGUAAUAUAUUGGGCUAAUUUUUACGGAAACAGUCACAGGGUUAUGAGAACUCUGCUGAAUGGAGAAACAGUUGAUUUAAACAUAACUUAUUCUGGAGUGAUUGAUGUGACUUCAGAUGUGUUUAAUUUUUAUGUACUGGUCAAAGCAGACAACCAAAUUGACCAAUACGCGAAGACAUCACUUGUAAAGCAAAAGAAUGUUACUUAUAACGGUGCAAUAGAAGAUUUAAUUAUUGCGUAUGGUGAGUUCUAUUUUUUCCUAUGUUUUUGCAAGAAAAUAAUUUCCUGAAACGAAUAAAACAAAUCAAUUUUAACCCAGCCUCUUUCUGAUCUGUUUAAAGUUUGGUUUUGUGUUCCUUUGCCAAGUAUCAAGAAAGUGGCUUUUUCACUGUUAGCUGGUUUUAAACUAGAAAUUAACGAAAUGUUAAAAAUUAAAGGAGUUUUGUAUAUAUAUAUGGAAAAUUAGAGUGCAAAGUUUAUACAUUUUUAGAUAUAACCAGGAGCAACUGCGAAAAAUGCAACUAUAGCUAUAGUCUCUAAAACCUGUGAUUCCACUGCAGCGCCUUAACCAAUUGUGCCACAGAGUCAGAGUGCAGUCCUUGAGCUAUAAAUUCAAGUUCGUGUAUAUAACACUUUUCUUUUCGAAAAGGCCUGCUUUGCCAGCUCAAAGUUGUCUAUUUCGCAAACAAAAAGUAAAAAUUGUAAAACAACUUAUUUACUUUUCAAAUUUGCAAUAAUUCUGUUUGUGGCAAUCAUGCAUGCGUGCUAGAAUUUCUUAAUAAUUUGUUUCAAUUUAUAUAUCUAGACGAAGACGAAUGUUGUGUUGGGACUUUCUGUCACGUGAAUUCUACGUGCUCAGAUUCUCUCGGACGUUAUAAUUGCUCUUGCAACUGAUGGUUCUAUUCAUGGGAAUGGCACGGAUUGUGAAGGUAGGCUACAUUUUUAGCGGUGUAUUAUAGCUGUUAUUAUUCAGAAUAUUUUACAAUAAUUUGCCGAAGGCGAAGAGAUUAUCGGGGAAUAUUCACCGAGACGAAGUCGAGGUAAAUAACAGAAUGCGGUUUCCUGAUAAUCACCGAGGCAGAAGAGAAUAAUUGUUUUAGUAUUUUUACACAAGUCUUUUGUGUUUUUGGGACUGAGUUUAUUUUAAUUUCGCUUCUAUUUCUUUAUCAGUAACUUCCACAAAACAGCUAGCAACUUGUAUAGGAUUUGUUAUAUUCACUUGUGCAAAAAUGACUAAACGAGCUACUGUACAGAGUCAAUGGGAUAUACCUGGAAACAGUUUUUAGUUUCUCUCACUUGGAAAAGACAUUUCGAUAUAUUUCAAAAUCUACUCACAUUUUCUUUAUCGUUUUUUGGUAUAAAAGAUAUAACCCUUCAUUUCAAACAAAUCAUUGUGCAUCCACCAUCAUGCAUGGAUAUGUAUCUACUUCUACUUCUACUUCUACUUUAUUAAAUAAUUUUUUUCCAAAAUAGUGUACAAGAAACCACCUACAUUUAGCAAGCUAUUCGAGGUAGGUGGCUUUCAAUUGAUUGAUAAAUAGUGUAUCAAUUUAUCUUAAUAGUAUAAAUUAUCGUAAUUCAAAUCGGAAGGAAAUAUUGAAAACAAAAACAAAAUUGUCUAAUUACAUUUAAUCCCCGGAACUGUUUGCAAUAUUUUGGCGAAAUCAACGUAAUCAUCACAAGCCAUCAUGGUAUUAAUAAGAAUGAUCUUGCAACGUGUUGUAAAACUAUGUUUAUUUAACGAACGGAGUGAGAUAGAUGGAGCAUUCAUAACUUUAACACCAGCGUUAGCAAAGGAUUUUGUGUAAUAUGCAAGUAUGCAACCUUGACUUAGUUUGAUAAAGAUUACCGCGAACAUCAGAUCUUGUAUUAUAGUUGUGACUUUCACUAAUAGUUGUGACUUUCACUAAUAGUAGUGAUGAUGCUCUCGGGUUGUAUUUGCCGCCACGUGUGACGUGGGGUCAAUGGUCUGUACGAAGGAUAAAUAAAGGACGGGUUUUAUUCUGUUUGUCUUGUUCGAUACUGGCCUUUAUAACAAUCGUAGAACUCAUUUGCAUAAGAUUGGCUGACAGCCGUUUUGUUUGCUUGUCGUUUAUUUGACCUAAGCUCAAUGGUUCAUCCCCACUUGAGACAAAUAUGCUAAAAUAUCACAUAGUUGGAACAAAUGAAUAUUAUAGGAUUAAAAUCCUGAGCCUAUUAACAGAAGUAUAUCUUAAGGCUGAUUUCCACUCCGGCUAAUAAGCAGCGGAUCGGACCUGAUUGGAGGUUUUUCCGAUCCGGUCCGAUCCAUGCAGCAAGCGAUUUCCGGUAAAAGGACAAGUGGAAUGAUAGGAUCGGAAAAGGAAAAAAUGGGGCUCGUUCUAGUCUCACAAAUUACUAUUUCGCGCUUUUUCAAAACGGCAGCUGCUCUGAACAAGAUGGCCUUCAUCUGAUUUGGUUCCGUCGUCGCCAGCAAAGGAGAAGCAAACAAGAAAAAUACAAAAAGAGCAUCUGGAUAAGAAAAAUUUUUCAGGAAAGACAAUGGAAAAGUAAAUACUACUUAUUGAUAGAAGAGUUAAAGCUACCGUGAAUAUUUUUUAAAGCAAUUUCGGUUGUUGCCAAGCAAAUUAAUUUAAAGAGCUGUUGUACUCUCCAAUUCUUGUAAAUUCUCCCUCGAAUUCUCCAAGAAAGCUCCUAAAUUAUCUUUCAUUUUGUAAAUAUUAUACAGGUAUUAUUUAAUUAUUUUAAUUUAUGUGAGAUAAUACGGCAAUUAGAUUCGUCGCCAGGUUUAAUCCGCGGACCGGACAAAAAUGUUGAAAAUAUUUCAACUUUUUAUUAUCCGGCCAGCAACGUCGCCGGAUCAAUCGGAACCAAAAAUUUCUACUGAUGGCGCAUGCGCGGAUUUUGUUUUGUUCUGAUCCGGUCCGAUCCGCUGCUUAUUAACCGGAGUGAAAAUUAGCCUUUAUUAAGAAAAGUUUAAAAGUGGGCAAGUCGUAUAUGUUUUGAUAAACUUAUUGACUUGGGUAAAUAAAUGGGAUCGAAUUUGUCUUAUUCUGCCCGAAGCACGGUAGCAACUAUAUCUUAUCACAAUCAGCGAGAUUUACUUUAGAAUAAUCUAAAUAAAAAUAAUUCUAGAACCGUGUUAAAAGAUUUAGUUAAUAUAAUCCAUGGUGUGGUCUGCGGUGUGGUCUACCUGAAAUGUUUAAUAAGGCUACGUUAUAUUUAUCGCCCCAGUCAGCAUAGCCAAACAGAGGGAAAUGAGACUGUUUUAUGUGGCUGAGCGACCGUGUAGUGAAAGAUGUCUGAUAGGUGUGGUAAACAAAAUCAUGGAAUAUUCAAAUGGUGUUCACAAAUAAUUUGCUAAGUACCGAUAUUACAACAUCACGAUAACAUUGCGAUAGUCAUAUUUAUAGUCCUACCUUAGAAACCCACUGAUCUCAAAAGUAUGGCGAAUUUCAGGACUGGAUCAGUGGAAUGAGUUGAAUUUGACAAAUAAACGAGAAACACGAAAAAAUUGUUUAAUGGGAUGAGCAGCUUCAUAACAAAAUAUCAGGAAGAGUAGAUGGCUGGAAGUCGUAAAACCUGUGCUAACUUCGAUUUUAAGAUUGAUGAUGUAUUGUUUGCUUUAAAAACUGAUGUUGCGUAUAACAAAAAAGACAGCGUAUAUAUUAUUAAUUUAGAUUAUUAAUUAAUAAAAAAUAUUUAAUUUAAAUAAACAAGAUUAGAAAGUUAUUUUCAUCAGAGCAUUUUAUAAUCGUUAUUAUCUGAAACUCAAGUUUAUCGAUAAAAGGCAGUUUAUGAACUUUUUAAAACGUUUGACGUAGCGCAUGUGCCUCAAUUUUACAUUAAGUUGAAAAUUAUUUAUUUUUAUUGUUCAUCUAGAUUAUAUUUACAAAAUGUUUUCUAGAUGAGUAAUAAAUAUAAAUGAAUAAACCUGGAUUCAAACCCUUCAACGAGUUGAAGAUUAUACUAUAAGCAUUAUUAUAGUGACAUACCAAAUGUAAAUAUUUAUAAGGAAUUGAUAAUUUUCUAAAUUAAAAGUGACAUUUUUAGGCCGUUUUCUUUCUAUUAAAUAAUGAAAUUAUCGUGUUACUAUGACAAACACUCAAAUAUUUAAUGUUUGGAAAAUAUACUGGUUUUGCUAGCUGGGCGAGGGAUUUCUGCACACUCAGCGCGGAUCUGAGUGGCUAAAAUGGCACUGCAGUAUAAUUUUGUAAUCACACGUCUGAUUUCCAAUCAACAUUUUGCACUCCAUGUAGUUAAAUUACUAUUACUAUCAAUUAUCAGCAGCAAUGGUCAGCGUGCUUACUGUAUCUGUCUCCCAUCUAUGCUCCCCUUGUUUACAAUAAUUUCUAUGUUGGUCCAAUAAAGGUACGCCAUGUGCUAGUGCUCCAUGUUUCAAUG